UAAAUUAUAAUCAGAAAUAAGGUUGGCAACAGUGUUGUUUUGAUAAAUUAACGAUCGACUUACAAUUGGCGUUUGUUUUUUAAAUAUGAAUGACUUGCACCAACUAUUACCUUUUCUAAAGGUUAUUUAGCCAUUCACAUAAACAGACACCCAAAGUAUUGUAAAGACCCAUAAAAUCAUGUUUUUACCGCAAUUACCGAUCAUAACCUAUACGGACACUGACAAAUUAUCCAAACUAAAGUUUAUUUAAUACAAUGGAACCGGAAAAUUAUUCGGAAACAUAUCUUCUCAGUGAAGAACCAAAUGGUUUCUUGCUUAAUGGGACAGAAGAUCACUUCUCACAAAUAUUAGACUGGAGGAGUGAUGCUUUUCCAGUACUACUAAGCAACACUUUAGUCACUGAAGAAAAUACAAAUGUACAACAUCAAGAAAUGUUAUGUGAUGAACCGAUGACUGUACAAAAUAUAGCAACAAAUGAAUUAUUAUCCAAUGAUGUCUUUUUACAAAUUGAUGAUAACAAUAUUACUGAUGGAAAUAAUCUUAGGAUUGUCAAACAGGCAGAUAACACAACAUAUAUUACUGUUCCUUUUGUGCAAACUGAGAAUGCUAAACAAACUAGUAAUCUGAUACACUUUGUUGAUGAUAAAGGUGUGUCAUUGCUCCUUAUUAAAGAAUCUCCAACAAAAGUAGAAGAACCAAAGAAAUCAAAGGAAGUUAACUACAAAGAUUUUUAUACUGAAAUAUCUGCACUAAAAUGCAAAACUUGUGGUUUUCUUUGUGAAACUGCAAAUGACAUGAAAAUUCACGUCUGGGACAAACAUCCGGAAAUUAUAAAAGUCCCUGAAAAGAAAGUAAUUAUAAAACCCAUCACUAAGAUGACUUCUAUCCUUAAUAUAAAUAAAAAUGAUAAUAAAAAGACUAUGUUUCUUUGUAGUGUGUGCAAGAAUAGUUAUCCAGAUAAGGAACAAUUAAAAAACCAUAUGAUAAAGGAUCACGAUUUGGAAUCUAAAGAAAAAAACUCUAGUCAGACUGAUGAGAAUAAAGACUCUGAAGACAAAACAGAUGGUGAAAAAUCUGUUAGAAGUCUAUCGCAAUCGUUAAUUAAACGCCAACAAAAAGCGCUCAGAAGAAUAAAGUGUUCAAUUAGAGGCUGCCAUUCAAGAUUUGCCAAAGAUGAACUGAGAAAGCGACAUGAAGAAUGUCACGUAAACGGUAACAGAUCACAAUUUAGCUGUCCAGAAUGCAAGGAGAAAUUCUCCAUUUGGAGAAUAUGCAGCAAUCACUUGUGGAAAUGUCACAAAAUCGAUUUGGGUUUAUUUACUUGUCCUAUGUGCAAUGAAUUUAAGUCCACCAAUGCUGAACACUUGUUGAAGCACAUGGCAAUACAUAAUGAUGAAAGGCCAUUUUUGUGUAGUGAAUGUGGAAAAGCAUUUAAACAAAUAACUCAGUUGAUCAAUCAUGAAGUUUCACACAAAAAAAAUGAAGGAAAUGUCAAACUGCCAAAUUGGUCAUCAAUGAAAAGAUGUGAAAUAUGUGAUAGAUUCUUUGCUAACUCUAAGUCCUACAGGAAGCAUGUCUUGUAUGUACAUGAGAAGUUUAAACCUUUUAUUUGUAAUAUAUGUGGACAUAAAACGGCAAGAAAAGAAAUGUUGCAGUUACAUUUAAGGCAACACACUGGAGCUAAACCACAUCACUGCAAUCAUUGCGAUUACAAAACUGGUGAUCACAAUUCGCUGAGGCGCCACAUCAUGCGUCACUUUGGAGACGUCAAAUAUGCAUGCCCUCAUUGUGAAUACACAUCCAUUCAAAGUUCAGCUUACAAAAGUCACCUAAGCAGCAAACAUCCAGGCAAAAGUGGAUUUUUAAAAUGCACAUAUUGUAAUUAUUCAACAAUAAACCAAACAUGUUUUUCAUCGCAUUUGAAGUGCCAUGAAGUUGAACUUGCUAAAUCACAACAUGGUGAAGAAAGCAUUGCGGUCGCUACGACUUCUGGAAUUACGCCUAAUAACGUGGUAAAAAUUGUUUCAACUGAUGAAAACAAGACUCUCGAUAUCGAGGACGAUGAAACUCAGAAUUGCUUUCUAAAUAUGGAAAACACCGACGAUACUAUUGAUACGGGUGGUAUAACGAUACCUGCUGGCUUAGAGCUGCAACUGGAGGUGUCGUAAAGAUUAUUUUUAAUCGUUUUUGGAUACGUUUACCAAUAAAAGAUAUUUUUUAAUA